GACCUGAACAGUGCUGAGAUUCUCCAGGAUCAAUAUUUACAGUCUGCUUGGAAGACAAACAGCAGUAUACUGCCGUGGACGCUGGACAGCUCCAUCAGCGAUGAGAACAGACAGGCCAUUGAGAGCAUGCUGCUGGAGGAACAGUAUUAUUUUGGCAGUAAAAAAGCACCAAAUGUAGCAUGGACCAAUGAGAAGACUAAAGUAAAAAAGACAUUGGUGAAGAGUUCUGGAGCACAAACUCGUUGGGUUGAAGAGGAGAAAGAUCUCUUUGAGAAAGGACUGGCUCAGUUUGGCCGCAGGUGGACAAAGAUCGCCAAACUAAUCGGCACUAGGACAGUUCUGCAGGUGAAGAGCUAUGCUAGGCAGUACUUCAAAAAUAAGUCUAAAACAGACACACCUGCCAAAGUGCCCUCCUCUAAUGUGACUUCAGACACCAUGUUGGUCCCCUCGAUCCAGCCUCAUGUCUCAGCCCUGACCAAUGCUGUGCGCAUCGAGCAACUUUCUGAUGACCAAGAUGUUGACAUCACUGAUGACUUCAGUGACGAUGGGCAUCAGUCAGAAAACCAGCCAGAGCCCCCAGGCUCCCCAGAGUGCAACCACAAAGCAGAACUCAGUCCACUGCCACCUCCAUCAGACGUACUUUUAAACCCUCUGUCAGAAUCAGGAAGCACGGCUGAAGAUGGACCCACUGAUCCAGACACAAAUGGAAACGCUAGCAUUGUUACUCAUAUUGGGAUUGAUCUGGAACCUGAGGAGGAAAGUGGGACGUGCUUCUCUAAAUCAGGCAGCCCAGGCAAACACAGCCUGUCUGAGGAGGAGAGCAUUGAAAGAGCUGAUAAGACUGAAUCAGGUGAAAGUCCUGAGGAGGAGGGGGAGGAAGACCUGGAGGAGGAGGAGGAGGAGCUCAGAGCUCCUGAUCAGGAGGUUGUACUGGACCUAAACACCAUCACAGAGGAGGAGAAGCAAGCCAUCCCAGAAUUCUUUGAGGGGCGUCCAUCAAAAACACCAGAGAGAUAUCUAAAAAUCCGCAAUUACAUCCUGGACCAGUGGGGAAGAAGUAAACCCAAGUACCUUAACAAGACAUCAGUGCGUCCAGGCUUGAAGAAUUGUGGGGAUGUCAACUGCAUCGGUCGGAUACACACCUACCUGGAGCUCAUUGGAGCUAUUAACUUCAACUGUGAUCAGGCUAUCUAUAACCGUCCACAGCUGGUUGAUCGCUCUCGGCUAAAGGAAAACAAAGACAGGCUGGAGGCGUAUCAUCUUGCCCAGAGACUGCAGUCUAUGCGCACAAGGAAGCGGCGCAUUCGGGACAUGUGGGGGAAUUGGUGUGAUGCUAAAGAUCUAGAGGGUCAGACAUAUGAGCAUCUGAGCGCAGAGGAGCUGGCCAUCAGAAGAGAGGAAAUGAAGAAGAAAGGACCAAAACCAUCUAAACUCCCCAAACAGAGAGGCUCUCUGAUUGAUCCAUUCCAGCUCAUUCCAUGCAAAGCUUUUGGAGAGGAAACAGAGGAACCAUACAAAGUGAUAGUUUGUGCUGAGGCUCUUGUUGUCAUGGAUAUACAUGCUCAUGUAUCCAUGGGAGAGGUGAUUGGCCUUUUAGGAGGAACAUAUGAAGAUGAAGAGAAGGUGUUAAAGAUCUGUGCAGCAGAGCCAUGCAACAGCUUGAGCACAGGUCUGCAGUGUGAGAUGGACCCCGUCUCUCAGACUCAGGCCUCGGAGCUGCUCGGGGUCAAAGGUCACAGUGUGGUGGGUUGGUACCACUCUCAUCCAGCCUUCGACCCCAACCCCUCCCUCAGAGACAUUGACACUCAGGCCAAAUACCAGAGUUAUUUCUCUCGAGGAGGUGCUCCAUUCAUCGGGAUGAUUGUCAGCCCGUAUAACUCAAGUAACCCAUCUCCCCUGUCUCAGACCACCUGUCUGCUGGUCCAGGAGGAGACCGGACCCUCUGGACCACAGAGGUUUCCAUACCGAUUUAACAUCCAGUAUUCAUCUGAGCUUCUUGAUUGGUCAGAAGUGAUGAGAAGAGGAAGCAAGAAUACAUGA